AAGCAUCAUGGGAUUGGAAUUCCAGGUCAGGGAUAAUCGAAAAAAUGGCGGCGAACUUCGGGAAGACAUUACGAUCAGCUGUUACUUCGGUCACUGACACUGUAUUUCCUGGGUCUAGGGCUGCCAGAGAGUUCCCCAGGCAUCAUUUAAUCAAUGCCGGCAACGAGAUUGUAUCGGAUUUGCCUCUUCAAAUGGCUUUGUACUUUAAUGUCUACUUUUCGCCCUUUUGGUUUCUUACUGCUUUUGUCAUUUUGGCUGCUAAGUAUGACAAGCUCGACUUUUACUACAAAUUUGUGUUGAUUGCUAUCUACAUUGUCAUGGCGAUUGUGGAAAGUACUCGUCUUUACCUAGGUUACCUUGGGAACCUCCACGAAAAGGUUCCAGAGCUAGCUGGCUUUUGGCUUCUAACCCUUGUCCUUCAGUUCCCCCUCACGCUGGUUCUAUUACUAAAUGAGAGUAUGCUCAUAAUGCCGACUGAGCGAGCCAUGAACAUUCUUAUGACUAUCUUUGUUCUUGUGGAGAUCAUCCAGGGAUACAGAGUAAUAAAGGCACUUGCAGAUCACCAGGUCUCUAAGUUUCAUCUUCACCAGUUUGAUGAGGUCUCUGAAAUGCAAGAUAUCCAGGAACGUGGUCCAGAAGAAAUUGGAUUCAGAUGAUAAUAAACCAGUUAGAGUCGCCAAUAGCCACUUGUUCUAUGUUCAAAUUUCAUGCACUAUUUCACUUAAGCUACUGUAAGUUAUAGCAGGUGAAUACUAACUUGGCCUGGCUUGGAUGAAACCUUACUAAACAAGUCAAUUUCCUGACAAAGAAGCAGUAAACAUUCUUUGAACAACCUGAGGCAUUCAUAGAAAAUUAUUUGAUUGGUUAACAUUUGUAUUUUAAGGAGAGGGAAGAGGGGUAGGUCUUUUGUGAAAUCAUCUGCCUUUUAUCUUCCUCUUACACUUUCUACUGUCAAGCCAAAUUUUACUGAAUUGAACUGUAAAUAAACUUGUAAAUACUGUAAUAUAAAGGCCCACAAAAAUAUGGCAGUCAUUUUUGCCAAUAAAAAUUUGUACAAAGGGUA